CCAGCCACCGCCAGCACCCGCGCUCCGCCGGCCGUCGUCCCACCCAGGCCCCCAGCUUGCUCGCCCAACGCCCGGACUACCCACUGAAAAUUUCCUGGCUACGCCAUUGGCGCGGGGCCCCUAAAACCCUAAUAAUACGGCCCCGCUGAAUUCAGGGAACCCACCUGGAAUGGCGCCGGCGAAGUCCCAGCCAUCCGCCACUGCCACCGGCAAGUGGAAGAAGCCACCCCACCCCACCAAAACCCUCUCCAAGAAGCCCACCAAUCCCGCCUUGGCGACGAGGACGAAGACGAAGAAGAAGCUCAACCAGAAGAAGACCAUCCCGCCCGCCAAGGUGGUGGCCUCGGGGGAUGAACCUGUCGGAGCCACAGCCGGUGCUGUCCUCCUGUCGGCCGAGAUGCCUCCGGCACGGCAGCUCGAGUUCCUCCUCCGCAGCUUCGAGUGCGCCGCCAAGAUGCACCUCUCCCCGCUCGAGCUCGACGCCUACUCCGAGAGAUGUAUGGCGCCACUCGCAGAGGGGGCAAGCCAGGACGUGGAGAGCUUCGGUGACCAUGUGAAAGGUGCCUUUGGUGGGUUGUGGAAGGAGGAGCUCUGUGAGGGGACCCUCGAAGAGGGUGUUGUUGAUGCGGGAUGCCCCGCGCUACUGGUUAUCUGCUCGGCUGCUCUGAGAUCACUGGAGCUUCUUAGGGGUUUAAAGAUGUUUACUAAAGAAUGCCGCCCUGUAAAGCUCUUUGCGAAACACAUGAAAGUGGAGGAGCAGGUUGCGUUGCUUAAAACUCGAGUUAAUAUUGCUUGUGGUACACCCAGCAGGAUCAAGAAGCUAAUUGACAUGGAAGCACUAUCGUUGUCACGUCUGAAAUUAGUUGUCCUUGACAUGCAGAGAGAUGCAAAGUCAUUUACAUUGUUUACUUUGCCACAAGUCAGCAACGAGUUCUGGGAUUUGUACAAGGGCUAUCUAGACCAGAAAGUUAAAGGAGGAGAUGCAAGAUUAUGCUUUUACGGUGCCGUGUCUGAGAAAGAUGUGAAAAAAGUGCUUCCAUCCGCCGAGUAAAAAAUGUCUUGCUAUGAUGAAAUUGUCAUGUGGACAUUGUCGUCGAUCAACUAGAUUUGUAUUUGUUUUGACAUACUAGGAACUUGUAAAAGCAGGCAUGGCAAGCAAUUUUGGAAUCAUGAGUGCAUUUUGUCAAAAUUUACCGAUUUUUCUUGUUUGUUAUCACAAAGUCUGAAUUGUGAUGGCAGAUGUUUAUCACAAUCCAGACAGUUUUAUGGA